CCUUUAAAAUCUGGAUUAUCUACCCAGUUUUACGGGCGCCAAAACAAAUCUGUUGUUUUCUGUUCAGUGGAGGUGCCCAUUUUGGUUGCAUAUUCAACGUAGUUUAUUGGUUUUAUCACGGAGCCCUCCGUGACAAAGUAUAUUUAUACCAGGCAAGUUCGCAAGACGAUGUUAUUAAGAACUGAAUCACAGAACGUGUUUUAUCCUGUUCCGUGUGACACGACGGACACAACCUUGCCGACCUUUCAUCGUGAAGGCAGUCCGUGAGAGAUGCCUGCGUAUUUUGCUUUUCCUGGAAUGCAACCCUACUGACUUCUACAUUUAAAAUGAAGUUCGUGAUACCGGGAGUCAACGUCAAAAUAUUCGGCAAAGCCGUACACGCGCUGUCCAAAAUAGGCGAGGAGUUGUACCUAAUCGCAGACGACGAAUCUCUGAGUCUCAAAGUUUUUAGCAUGUCCAUGAGUUGUUACGCCUGUUUCCGCCUGCUGAAGUCCUUCUUCAGCGUCUACGAGGCGUCCGGAGAAGGUUUUAAGGGUAAGCUGUCUAUGAGAUCGAUCCUGCUGGCCUUCCGUACGGUGAACGGCAUGGAAAAAACGGUCGAGGAGUGUCUGCUAGAAGUGAGCGAAACUUGCGACGACGCCGUCGUCACACUCAAGCAUCGGAAAGGAAUGACGAAGCGAUUUCGCCUACCUCUAAUAGAGUACGAAACCUUGCUUUUCUCCUUCCAAACCGAAGGCUACAGCAACGAGAUUUCGGGCCAGUCGAAGCUCCUCACGGACGUUCUAGUCAACUUCCCCAUGAGCGUGCAGGAGGUAACACUGCGACUUUCUCCUACCAAGCUGGACGUAUGCAACCACGUGGACGACACGUCGGACCCGCUCAAGACAGUCAACACGAGCGUGUCCAUUGAGAGCAGCGAGUUCGAUGAAUUCCGCGCCGCUGGCGACGGCGGCGAGGUGACUUUCUGCCUCAGGGAAUUUCGCGCCUUGCUGGGAUUCUGCGAGGGGCUGUGCCUGAACGCCACGCUGCAUUUCGAUGGCGCCGGUAAGCCGUUGCUGGCCAGCUUCAAAGGAGUGCCGGGCCUCGAGUCUAGCUUCGUCACGGCUACGCUGGCGGACGGCCCGCAGUCCCUGCCGACCACCAGGUCGGGCUCUGUAGCGACGCACCGCCAUAAGGUUCCGCAGCGCCGGCCGGGUAGACCAGAUCCGCCGGAACCAUCGGAGAGCGGAGCUGGGCCGUCGGGAGAGCCGUCCAUUGCCGCCAAGAAGAAGAAGGCCAUGUUGCUGGGGCUCACGACGCCGGAUCUUGACCACUUCACUUCGCAGCUGCCGCAGGACGACCCUGUGCUUGUCGAAGCCAGUGACGACGAAGGGGAUUAGUAUUGCUGGGGCAGAGACACGAGUGUGAUGACUUUUAGCCACGCAGCAGUACAAGUUUUCUGCAUUGGUUUCUUGUAAACCGAAACUGCACUAACCGUGUGCAGCCAAGUGCCUUUCUAAGACCCUCCCAUGCGUUCACGCGGUGCGGCUCACACGAAGCCGUGUGCGGAAGAAAAAAAUUAGAGCAGUCAAAGAUGACCAAAAGCGAAGUAAAUAAAUAAAUAAAGAAAAUUGCGCCUCACUACAUA